AUGGGUGUGUCGGAAAGCAAGCUGCUCGCCGACCACGUCCUGCAAAAUUGCUUACAAGCUGAAACCCAUGGACAAACAGAUCUUGAUGCCAGUAUCCUAUGGUCUACAGAGACGGUUGAAGAUGCUACCAAAUCAAUAUUAAAAAAAAUACCGGCUCAUCUCCGUGGUCACGACAACAGAGUGGAUCGCGCUGCACUUAGAACGACUCCAAUAUGCCUUCCAGAAGAGCUGCGGCCGUUUCUUUUGGCUUGGAAAGACCACCCAGAAGGUUUUGACAGUCCUCUGAUUCCCUUCCAAGGAGGUGGCAAUCAAAAUGGAGACGUUGCCAGUAACCCAGUUGCAAGCAAGUACCUCUUUUUGUGCACAAUGGAACGAGAUUCUAUCGUGGAUAGAGUCCGUCGAAGACUCUGCUAUAUCUUUUUCUACAUGGUCAAGGACCAUGUACAAGGACAUGGCCCUCUCACAAAUGACACGAUACUUUCCCUUUCUCUCCUAAUACAGAGUACCAGGCGUGUUCAGCCCGAUGAAGCUAUGAUCCAUCGAAAACUGCGCAUGUGGAUUGACGCAGGCGAGAGGCUUUGGCUAUUAUCGAAAGACCUUGGAGGUUUCGGUAUUGUUUUUCUCUUGCCGGAAGAUAUUGGAGAAAAUGUCUGGCAACAGAACUUACCAAAGUCCAAGACUGCGAGACGAGAUCGCCUACUGUGCUCUUUAAGGCGAAGGGGGAUUUCUGAGGAAGCUACUGCUUUGGAUGCUCAUUCGAUCGCGAUGGCAAUUUUGAAAGCUCAGUUCAGGCCGCUGCAUCCUUCGUUGAGACCAGAAAUCCAAGAAUUCUCUCCCCACGAGAUUCCGGCCCCACAGAGUGCAAGUCAGCUAGGGCAACAUGAGUUUGUUGAGCAACAAGCCCUACCUGUGUCUUCAAAAAAAUCAGUCAGGCGAACAUCAAAUAACGCAACCAAACGGAGAAAUGACGAUCAGCGAAAUGGGGUGGCUUGCAUGAACGAACAAAACAUGCGAAAUUCCCGAAAAUCCCGGAGGUUGGAUCCCCAUAUUGAAGAAAGUCGGUCUUCCCCACCAGCCUUCAACAUCCAACAUCAGAGGGUGGCUGAUUCUCAUGAUGGAUCGAGAGAAACAACCGAGAUAAUCCACGAUGAGGCAGAGGCUGCCCAACACCCUUCCAUUCUACCUGAUGAAACCAAUGUAUAUUCCGAACCGAUAGUAGAUUCAGGUUCUAUGAGCUAUUUAACUACAUUUGCGAACAAAGAGCCGCACCCAGUAUCAAAAGCGACUUUCCAAAGCCAAGUGAACGCGCCAAACCGACAGCAGGAGUCAGGCUUCUACAGCAUUCGGCAAGAUGUCUAUGGCGCAGUAUUCUCUGGUGAUAUGGCAUUUGAUCCACGAGAGGAUAAUCACCCGGUACCAAUGAUGGCCAGCCUAAGCCAACCACAUCAUUUGAGUCAGCAACCCGAGCCAGGCCAUCAAAACUCCCAGCAAAAUGUCUCAGGCGCAUCAUUUCCGGAUGACUUUGGAUUCGAUCCAAGAGAGGAUAUUUACCCAGUGCCGGCAAUAGCCCGUCUUGACCAGCUGAAUGACUUGAACCAGCAACCCGAGCCAAGCUAUUACAGCUACCAGCAAAAUGUCUUGCACGCAAUGUUUCCUGACGAGUUAGAAUUUGACCCACGAGAGCACAAUUACCCGGUACCGACAAUGGCCCACCUCGGCCAACUGGAGGAGCCAAGUCAGCGACCCGAGCCAGCACUUGAGCCAGACUACUACGGCUCCCAGCAAGAUGUUCUAGGCGCGAUCUUCUCGGAUGAAAUGAGGUUUGAUCCACGAGAGGAUAUACACCCGAAUAUCGGGCACCGCGCUCAACAAGUCCAUCUUGCUUCCAUGGUCAUCGACAAGAUUCACACAUGA